AAGAACACAGAAUCAGACAGCUGAUUUCACUUGUGAAGACGUGUACUUGCUGUACGGAUUUAGCCGUGUAGAUAGUUCACUUGCAAUUGUAUUUAUACCAUUAUAUUUCGGUAACAUUGUUUAGCGAUAUUUGUCUUUAAUAAUGGCGACAGUAGAGGAGUUGAAGCUGCGGGUGAGGGAGCUGGAAAAUGAAUUGAUAAAGUGUAAGCAGAGGCAGUGUGCUAUGGAGGAUGCUCCACCAAGCCAGGAACUUCACAGACCGAAGAUUGACAAAAUGAGCGCCGAAGUUGUGGAUUCCAACCCGUACAGUCGUCUAAUGGCUUUAAAGAGAAUGGGCAUCGUGGAUGAUUAUGAGAAAAUCCGGACAUUCACAGUCGCUGUGGUUGGUGUUGGGGGAGUUGGCAGUGUGACUGCUGAAAUGCUCACUAGAUGUGGCAUUGGUAAGUUGCUCCUCUUUGACUACGAUAAAGUAGAGCUGGCCAAUAUGAACAGACUGUUCUUCCAGCCUCACCAGGCAGGUCUCAGUAAAGUGGAAGCGGCAGAGCACACACUCAGGAACAUUAACCCAGAUGUGUCAUUUGAGACCCACAACUACAAUAUUACCACCAUGGAAAAUUUUACACAUUUUAUGGAGCGCAUCAGUCAUGGAGGGCUGGAAGAAGGGAAGCCCGUGGAUUUGAUCCUGAGCUGCGUGGACAACUUUGAGGCCAGAAUGGCCAUCAAUACAGCCUGUAAUGAACUAGGUCAGAUCUGGAUGGAGUCUGGUGUCAGUGAGAACGCUGUAUCGGGACACAUCCAGCUCAUCAUUCCCGGAGAGACGGCUUGCUUCGCUUGUGCUCCCCCCCUGGUGGUGGCAGCUAACAUCGAUGAGAAGACCCUAAAAAGGGAGGGUGUGUGUGCUGCCAGCUUACCAACAACAAUGGGCGUCGUGGCAGGCAUCCUGGUGCAAAAUGUCCUCAAGUAUCUGUUAAAGUUUGGCACUGUCAGUUAUUAUCUCGGCUACAAUGCCAUGCAGGACUUUUUCCCCACCAUGGCCAUGAAAGCCAACCCCCAGUGUAAUGACCGCUACUGCAGGAGACAACAGGAGGAGUACAAGAAAAAAGAAGCAGAGCGGCCAAAGGUUGAAGUUGUGCAGGAAGAGGAGGAGGUUGUGCACGAGGACAAUGAGUGGGGUAUUGAACUAGUAUCAGAGAUGACUGACCCAGAGUUACAGGCUGCAUCAGGCACAGUGCCUGACCUGCCAGAAGGCAUCACUGUGGCUUACACCAUUCCAGCUGAGAGUACAGCAAGUGGAGAGACAGUGGAGGACACUGAGCAGAGCCUAGAAGACUUGAUGGCUCAGAUGAGAAAGUUGUAGGCACCAAUCUGAAGAUUAUGAUGCCUUUUCUAUUACGUUGCUUUCUUUGAUAACAAGGACCCUUACGGAAAAGCCAAUUAAUGUAAAAUAAAAGAUUAUAGAAUGAAUUAUUGUAACCGAUAGAGAGAUAAGAGAAAUGCAUAAAAAGGUCUGCUAAUGGAAUUUCACCCAGCACCCAGAAAAUGCAAAAGCAGUCAGUCAAAUGUGUAAUUUGCUGAGAAACUGGGAUUGUGUUUGGCACUUGAAAUUGGUAGUCUGUAAUGAAAUAUCUCCAAUAAUGCCAAUGUUUAACAUUAACAUGUAUCCCAAUGUAUUUUCUACGCUAAUGAACGUUUAAUGCAUGUACUGUACAUCUGUCAUUUACUCAGCUUUAAAAAAACACAACAGUACUGAUGAACAAUGUUUAAGUUGUCUGAAUAAAGUAUUUAUUAGAUGGAAUACAA